AUGGGUUUUAAAUUCACCAGAAAUUCUGCUUACUUGUCCAGAUACCAAACUCCAUUCAGAAGAAGAGCUGAAGGUAAGACCGACUACUAUGCUAGAAAGAGAUUAAUCACUCAAGCAAAGAACAAGUAUGCUUCUCCAAAGUACAGAUUGGUUGUCAGAUUCACCAACAAGGAUAUCAUUUGCCAAAUUGUCUCCUCCACUCUCACCGGUGAUGUUGUUUUAACUGCUGCUUACUCUCACGAAUUACCAAACUAUGGUAUCAAGCACGGUUUAACCAACUGGUCUGCUGCUUACGCAACCGGUUUGUUAGUUGCAAGAAGAGCUUUGAAGAAGUUGGGCUUGGACGAGACCUACCAAGGUGUCGAAGAAGUUGAAGGUGAAUUCGAAUUGACCGAAGCUGUUGAAGACGCUCCAAGACCUUUCAAGGUUUUCCUUGAUGUUGGUUUACAAAGAACCACCACUGGUGCUAAGGUCUUUGGUGCUUUGAAGGGUGCUUCUGAUGGUGGUUUAUACGUUCCUCACUCCCCAUCCAGAUUCCCAGGUUGGGAUAUCGAAUCCGAAGAACUUGACUCUGAAUUGUUGAGAAAGUACAUCUUUGGUGGCCAUGUUGCUGAAUACAUGGAAGAAUUAAUGGAUGACGAUGAGGAAAGAUACUCCUUAUUGUUCAAGUCCUACAUUGAAGAUGACAUUGAUGCUGAUGCAAUUGAAGACAUCUACAUGGAGGCUCACGAAAAAAUUAGAGAAGACCCAACUCCAAAGAAGGCUGAAGACAAGAAGGCUCAAUACGCUGCAGAAUCUAAGAAGUACAGACAAAAGAAACUUUCCAGAGACGAAAGAAAGGCAAGAGUCGAAGCAAAGAUUCUCACCUUCAAGGCUUCCGCUUAA